UCGCUCUGUCUCGACACUCUUAAGAAACUUUUUGAGCAGGCUUCAUGGUCCUAUAUGCCCUAAGAAUUAUUCAUCAACACAAGUGCUAUCCAAGAGCCACAUGAGGAGGUUCACCACUUCUGCCAAAUGCCAAGAUGCAAAGUCCAGCACUGGAAGCUCAGAAGAAAACUUGACUGUUAAUUUCAUCAAUCGUGCUGGUGAGACUCUGACAGCCACAGCAAAAGAAGGGGAGAGUCUACUGGACGUAGUCAUCCGACACCACUUGAAUAUUGAUGGGUUUGGUGCCUGUGAGGGGACUCUAGCUUGUUCCACUUGUCAUCUCAUAUUUGAUCAGAAGGUUUUUGACCAGCUCAGUUCCAUUACAGAUGAGGAGAUGGACAUGUUGGACUUGGCUUUUGGACUGACUAACACGUCACGCCUUGGAUGUCAGGUUUGCAUGAAAAAAGCAAUUGAUAGAAUGACGGUUCGAGUGCCGACAGAUGUAUCUGAUGCCAGAAAAGACCAAGUUGAAAAGCAGAGCAAACAAUAACUAAUGAGCAAAGAUUUGACAAAGCACAUAACUAUUUGUAUGCAGUACAUGUCAUUGGAUGAGGAGCUGUUUAUUUAAAUCUAGGAGAUUGGAUAAUGCAAAAUCGAUUUGAUGCCAUUAUUUUAAAUUUAGUUAGGGCUGAUUGGAUAAGGACUCAAGCCGCUCCUUGAUAGUGUCCUGCAUUCUACAAGGCCAAUCCCUACACUAUAGAAUAGUAGAUUUGAAAUGUGCUUUUAAAAUGUAGAUGUUAUUAUAACUAUGUAAUUGUAAAUGAAAUGAUCAUAUAGUAAAAGAUUGCUAAUGUGAACGACAAUAGACAUUGUUAUUUUGAAGACAUUGUUGAGUCGUGUAUCUUAUCCCAUA